AUGGCCCUUCCAUCAUUCCGGGUCGGCUCCAAAGAGCUCUUCCUUCCCAAUGUUCCCAUAACUCUGCUUCGCUCCUCAGAUGGACCUCAGUUCGCAAAGUUCCGUGUCCCGCUUUACUUCAGCAAACUCGAUCUGCGCGAUUACCUCUGGCAUGUCUACCGCGUCGAAAUCAUGGCCGUGCGCUCCUACCUCAAGCAGCAGCGUGUCCGGGCCGAGAACACCGCAGGAAAGCCGGCUGCGCGUCGCUGGCACCGGCCGAAGGCGCAUAAGCACAUGACGGUGCAGUUGGCGCGACCUUUUGUAUGGCCAGAGGAGCCGGAAAGCUUCAAGGAGUGGGACAGGGACAACAUGAAGGCCAGCGAAGAGGAAAUGCAGACGUUUCAGGAAGCUGAGGGUCCGAUGAAAGACACCCUAAUCAAUGAGGAUCGAAGAAUACGGAUGCGGGAACAGGCGAAGCUCUUGUUGGAGGGGAAGGCGAAGUGGAAGCCCGGCAUGUUGAGUACGCCGGCGACGUUAUUGUCCAGGAAUCGACAAUGA